GAUAGUAAUUUAAACGUACAGAAAAUAUAGGGACUAAAACCGAAAAACGCGCGGAGAGAGGGUACGUGCGAAAGAAGGAAGAACGAACCCUAAUUAAAGAAAGUAAAGGAGCAGCGGUUACGCAAAAUCUGCGGGAUGGAUCUGUCGAUACUGUUUUUGGAACUCCGCGUCGAUGUCCCUCGUCAAGAUUCUAUCUCUUUCUCGCAGAUUCCAGAUAGUUUCCAGUUUUAUAAAGUCCUUAAUUUGGGUUCAAUUCAGGCAAGGGGGGUUUGGAGAGGGUUUCGUGUUCUUCUUUUUCUUCUUCUUCCAUAUCUCCAAAUUGGGUUUCGCUUUAAAUCGGAUAAAGUCUAAACCUUUUUCUCGCAGCGAUGGAAGAUAAACCGCUAGGGAUUCUUAGGGUUCAUGUGAAGAGAGGGAUUAAUCUUGCGAUUCGCGAUUCCUCAAGCAGUGAUCCUUAUGUUGUCGUCACGUUGGGCAAUCAGAAACUGAAGACCCGUGUGAUCAGUAGUAACUGUAAUCCAGUGUGGAACGAACAGCUGACCCUUUCCAUCAAAGAUGUGAAUGACCCUAUCCGUCUGACGGUGUAUGAUAAAGACAGAUUCUCGGGAGAUGACAAAAUGGGCGAUGCGGAAAUAGACAUGAAGCCUUUCCUAGAAGCGCAUCAGAUGGAGUUAGAUUUUCAGAAGCUCCCCAAUGGUUGUGCAAUCAAGAGGAUCCGUCCAGGGAGGACCAACUGUUUGGCUGAAGAGAGCAGCAUCACCUGGAGCGAUGGGAAGAUCAAACAAGAUAUGAUUCUUAGACUAAGAAACGUGGAGUGUGGGGAAGUGGAGUUGAUGCUUGAGUGGACUGAUGGUCCUGGCUGCAAGGGUCUUGGACCCGAAGGAUCCAAGAAGACACCAUGGAUGCCAACUAAAAGAUUGGACUAAGGCUGCAAGAGACCGUGAAGAUGUUGUGUUCAUGGAAAGACGAGUUUGUCUUUUGUCUCUUUUGAUUAUUAUGACAAAAGGCUCUGCUCUGUGUCUUUAGUUGUACAUGUCGAAUACUCGAAUACAAACCCAAACCUUAAUAUAUAUAUUUGUAUAUCUGUUUCUACUAUUGAAGAAAUAAAAGCAAAGCCUGAAUUUCUAGAAGCU